GGCCCUCCGUCUUUGCUCAUCCCUCUUGCUGAUUUUGACGUUCAUGCCGCAACGCGAAACCACCAGACGUGAGGUGCCGACGAACCCACUGAACCCAGCAAACGGACUGCUUCAAACGGUCUGGAAGCUCGCCCUCCACAUCAGGAAUACGGUAUAUUGUGCCACCAAUUUAUCGGGCGACCUCCCACCAUGUCCUUUCGUACCAAAAGGACCACGGCCUUACGGUGAUGGCAAAGGAGACAUAACACUACUCGGUACGCCCAAGGGAACUGGAAGACCCGACCCAAGUCAAAACAAACACAUCGGGCUGUGUGCAAGUCGACAUGUCAUGUUUUCGGCGGCCUGCUGCUGUCAAGAGUCAAGACAACCCCUCGCUUAGAGACCAGAUUUGCAGAAUUUGAUGCCCUCUUGUCUCCUACGAUUCGGUUUUUUUUUUCUGGCUACUGCCACUAGGAGGAGGACUAAGAGAUUUGGAGCGGGACGUUCGGCGGCUGAGCUCGCGUGGCAGACAGGGAUCAGAGAAUAUCUUCUUGCCAUUCAAUGCACUGCAUACCAUUUUGUGGCUGCAGAGAAGUCUCAGAUGUCAGGAGAUCGGAACGUCAGCAAGCGAAAGAGGCGCACGGAACAGCCGUGAAUUAUCUUGACCUGGUUGAACAACCUGCUGUCAAGCUGCAGCCUGAUCGGUUCGAAAUUCAAGGUACUGCUCCCUUCCGAAAUGCUGCAGUAACCGCAUUCGAAAGCGUUGCCGAUUGUGCAACCAUCUGGAGGGACAAGGCCAGGACGAGUUGUUUGCGAACGCGACCCUCUCCUGGAAGCAAGAAAUUACAUCUCGGACUGACACCGGGAAACGACUUGAACUGGGACGCUGAUGCGCCUUUCUGGUGGUGUCUGACCGUGCCACCAUCUGUAUUGGCUUACUUGGAAGCACCUCUGCUGGAGCUCCUCACAACCGGUGUGUCAUACCACAGCAUGUCCUCCGAGAAGUUCUCCGUAUCGGCUGAGCGCUUUCGAAUUCUCUUGUUGCACAGGUUCUUCCCAUCCCCACCCUAUCUGAGGUCAGACUGGAUGCAAUGAUAGGGAACACCGGAACCCGAUGCUGACGGGUUUGUCUACGUUGUAGCGCCCACGUGUCUUCUCAAAUCGCGAAGCAAUGGGAAUGUACCAACUUCAGGUUGUUACAAGUUCUUGGCUGCCCGGGUGGACUAAGGUUCGCCAGACGCAGGCGUUAGCGAGAUGCAGUACCGAGCUCGCCAGGUACAAACAUUUCAGCUCGCAAAGAGCUAACCGCCAAGAGGGAAUCAGAAGCGUGGGCUAACAGCAAGUCGUCGCUUAUGUCUUCUUUAACUCAAAAGUUGCAGUCGUCAUAUCGGCAAUAGUGACAAAUGUAUUAGUAGCUUACCAUCGCUUGGGAGGACAUCCAGUGCGCAUUUUUUAUUAUUUCUGGUGUCCAUGGCCGGGUAGACCGGUGAGCCGGUGGUGUGAGGGUGUGGGAUACCAAAUACAGGGGCAGCGAGGCAGCCGGAUUGCUGACGAAACUCCGGAGUUCGGUGGUUCUGGGCAACUGCC